AUGGCAGUUAAUAAUAGUGUACAAUCAGGCGAUUUUGACAUGGUAGAUUUGUCAGAAGAAGAUAAAGUUGCAGCACAGAAAUAUCUUAGUGAAAAUGGAAUACGUGGUAUUGAAGGUUUUCUUGCUGAACGAUUGGAUGCAUGGCGAAAAUGUCCAUUGAAUAUUGCAAUUACUGGCGAUUCAGGAUCAGGCAAAUCAACUCUCAUCAAUACACUACGCAAUCUUCGAGCAGCAUUAAUUUUAAAAGUUAAUGAUCGAAAAAUUUUUUGGCAAUGUCGAAAUAGUAAUACUUUAACUUAUUAUCAUCUUAUGAGAAAUAGCUAUUCUCAAAUAAUUUUAUCUAUUGAUAUAAUUAACUAUUACUAUGAAAUUCUAGAGGAUGAAGGUUCAGCUAGAGUCGGAGUAGUUGAAACAACACGAAUUGUUCAAUCAUAUUCUCAUCCAAGUUAUCCUAAUCUUGUCUUCUAUGAUUUACCAGGUGUUGGUACAUUAGAAUUUAAAAAAUUAAACUAUUUGGCUCAAGUAAAUCUAACUCGAUAUGAUUUCUUUUUAAUUGUUUCACGUACACGUUUUACUGAAAAUGAUUUAUGGCUUGCAACUGAAAUAAAAAAAAUUGGUAAAAAAUUUUUUUUUAUACGAACAAAUAUUGAUCAAGAUUUAUAUAACGAAAAAAUUGAUCAUCCAAAACAUUAUAAUGAAACAUUAAUACUUGAUAGAAUACGUGAAAAUUGUCUUGCACAUAUUCGAACAGUUGAUGAUACUGCAAAUGUUUUUUUAAUUAGUGGUCGAAUUACUUAUACAUCUCGAUUUGAUUUUCCUAAUAUGUGUACAGCUCUUCUACGAGAUUAUCCAGGUUUAAAACGUCACGCAAUGAUUUUAGCUAUGUCAACUAAUUGUAAAGAAGUUAUUACAGCUAAAGUUGAUAUACUUCGUAGUCAAACAUGGGUAGCAGCAGCUGUUAGUGCUGCUGUUGCAACUCCACCAAUACCUGGUUUAAGUGUUAUGUUUGAUUUUUCAUUAACUGUUGGUAUGGUUAUAUUUUAUAAAAAACAAUUAGGUUUAGAUGAUGAAUCUUUAACACGUAUUGCUCAAAUUCAUCAUAUACCAUUAUAUGUUUUACAAGAUGAAUUACAAAAAAUUUUACCAGCACAUUUUUUUACAGCUGUACCAGAUUUUGUUAUAUCAUUAGUUAAAAAACAAGCAGUUGGUACUGCAACUGAAGAAGUUCUUCGAUAUGUACCUUAUGUUGGUUCAAUUAUUUGUGCGACUGUUUCAUUUUCAAUAAUCUUAUCUGUAUUAAGAAAUUUAUUAAAUGUUAUGGAAAAAGCAGCAUUGACAUUAAUUGAUAUUGUUGCUGAAAGAAGUGUUAGUGAUGAUGAAGAUGAUGAUGAACCUAUAUAA